CUUUCAUCACAAGAAACACUGUACCAUUGUAAAUUUCCAACUCCUUUUAAACAUGUUCAAAUGAAACUUUUAGCAAUGGCAGACCAAUACGAUAAUUUAUCUUGGAAAGAAGUAAGAGACUUAUUCAGAACAUGGAGAGAAGACAAUGAAAGAAGAAGUAAAGAUGUAGUGGAUUUAUGGGAAUCAAAAUUAAUGGAAAAAAUUGAUCAACUUGGCAAUGAAAAGUAUCUAGUUUUGGAACAAGUUUGUAUGGCAGCAUUGGAUUGUUAUCAGCUUUCCUUAGCAGAAUGUUGCAUUAAAUUAUUGAAGAGAGAAUUUCCUAGUAGUUUAAGAGUUCAUAAAUAUCAUGCAAUGCAUUUGGAAGCCUUGGAAAUGUAUAAUGAAGCAUUAGAAGUUUUGGAUACUAUCAUAAAAAGAGAUGAAACUAAUGCAGCACCAAGAAAACGUUAUAUAGCUAUAUUAAAAGCAAAGGGUCGAAUACCAGAAGCUAUUAAAGAGCUUACAGAAUAUUUGAAAAAAUUUAUGAGUGAUCAAGAAGCAUGGCAUGAAUUAUGUGAUCUGUAUUUACAAGAACAAGAAUAUUCUAAAGCUGCAUUUUGUAUGGAAGAACUUAUUCUGCAUAAUCCACAUAGUCAUUUAAUUUAUCAAAGAUAUGCGGAAAUAAAGUAUUCUCAGGGUGGAUUUGAAAACAUGGAAUUAGCAAAAGCAUAUUUCUGUCAGGCAGCAAAGUUAAAUCCAAAUAAUAUUAGAGCUUUAUAUGGUUUACUAUUGGCAUCAAAUAACAUUGCUACAUCUCCUAAAUGUCCUUCUUAAAAGAAAGAUGCAAUAAAAUUAAGUGAAUGGGCAGCUAAUCAAAGUGAAGAACAAUAUAAGUCAAAAGUUUCAGAUGAUGUUGAUGCAGUAGAAGGAUUAUUAGGACAAUUACAACUUGAUGCAUAGGAACAGAAAUUUAUAUUUAUGUGUAUGUUUAAGUACUGUAUCAUAUGUAAAUGUACUAUCCACCCUUCACAAUAUACAUGUAUAAUUUAUUAUAUGUCAAUUAGAAAUUUUUACGUAA